GAGAUCCAGCUGAAGAAGAAGAAGAAGCAAAGGCAAAGUAGUCCGGAGAGAAAGGCUGCAGAGGAUCCCAAGAAGAAGAAGAAGCAAAGGCAAAGCAAAGGAAAGGCUGCAGAGGAUCCCAAGAAGAAGAAGAAGCAAAGGCAAACUAGCCCGGAGAGAAAGGCUGUAGAGGAUCCCAAGAAGAAGAAGCAAAGGCAAAGUAGCGAGGAGAGAAAGACUGCAGAGGAUCCCAAGAAGAAGAAGAAGCAAAGACAAAGUAGCCCGGAGAGAAAGGCUGCAGAGGAUCCCAAGAAGAAGAAGCAAAGGCAAAUUAGCCCGGAGAGAAAGAUUGCAGAG